AAGGUAUAUAAAACAAAAUGCGCGAAAUAUCGUAGUAGUUCCAAUACAACUGCGACAAUGAAAGGGUUUCUGUUUUUACUCAGUACUUGCGCUGCUUUAAUCGGUACAACUUAUUCACAAGACUGUACAGAAAGUCAAACAACGGUCAGUGGUACCCUCGCGCCUACCGGUCAGCUAUGUUCUGGACAGUUAAUUUUCGAGGACAACUUCGAGGAGUUCAGUUUGAAGAAGUGGCAACACGAGAAAACACUAUCAGGUGGCGGUAACUGGGAGUUCCAGUACUACCUCAAUAAUCGUACCAACAGUUUCGCCAAAGAUGGAAACUUGCAUAUAAAGCCCACAUAUUUAUCCGAUGACUACGGUGAAUCGUUCUUGUCUUCUGGUACUCUGGAUAUUAACGGAGAUGAUCCUACUGAUGAGUGUACCAAUGGGGCCAAUUAUGGAUGCAGCCGAACAGGCACCGCAGAUAACUACGUCAACCCCAUCAAGAGCGCUAGAAUCCGAACAGUAGAUUCCUUCUCCUUCAAGUACGGUUCUGUAGUGACGCGUGCAAAAAUCCCUAGCGGUGAUUGGUUAUGGCCUGCCAUCUGGCUUAUGCCCCGCUACAAUACCUACGGCACCUGGCCAUCCUCCGGAGAAAUCGACCUUUUGGAAAGCAGAGGCAACAAAAACCUGGUUAGUGCGCAAGGAGUGAACAUUGGGUCUCAACAAAUGGGUAGCACUCUUCACUGGGGACCUGCAGUUGGUUCUAACCAAUACAUGAAGACUCACUGGGAAAAAAACAACGCUUCUGGAUUCGACAGCGACUUCCACGUCUACAAAGUAGUCUGGAACCCCGAUGGGUUCAUUUUCUACGUAGAUAAUGAGGAAAUUGGCUCGGUAUCGCCACCUACUGGAGGUUUUUGGGAGUUAGGAGGGUUUGCACAGACAAAUGUAAACAAUCCUUGGGAAGGAGCUACCAAAAUGGCUCCUUUCGAUCAAGAGUUCUAUUUGAUCAUCAAUUUGGCAGUGGGUGGAGUAAACUAUUUCCCGGAUGAUGCUACGAAUCCUGGAGGAAAACCAUGGUCGAACACCUCGCCUACGUCAGCUAAGGAUUUCUGGGUAGGAAAGAGCCAAUGGGAAUCGACGUGGAGUGGUGAUAAUACUAACUUUAUUAUAGAUUAUAUUCAGGUUUAUGCUUUGUAAAUAAGGAAUUAUGUAAUAGAAUAAAACCUUUUUCAUUAAAAUUUGAUACUUU